GCAAGACAGCACCAACCUGGUGGUUUGGGCUUUGGCCAGUCAGGAGCCGGCAACAUAGCUGUUUAUCUCUCUCUCUCUCUCUCUCAUUUAUUUUUAAAACUCUACUAAAUAGGCCUUUAACCAACGGAGAGCUAGCUGCUCUUAUAGGCCAGAUAAUAAGAUAAUAAGACAAAAAGACAUCAGCAUCACGGUGCUCAUCCCCAGCUGAAGGCUCAGCAGUGAUGGCAUCACGAGUUGGGAGACAGAGAGCCCAACUCCCCCACUGCUACUACGAAGGAUAUCUGGAAAAGAGAUCAUUCAAAGAUAAGACGUCUCGCAGACUGUGGACCUGUCUGUGUGGCAACACACUUUUCUUCUUCAACAACAGCAAAGAUGCUGAUUACAUAGAGAAGCUGGAGCUCAACAGCUUCAUCUCAGUAACAGAUGACCGCAGUCGGGACCGUAACUUAGAUGCGGCCAGGAUCAACCUCCGACUAAAGAAUAAUGAUAUCACACUCACAGCCCCCAGCUUGGAGGCUCGAGAGCUCUGGAAGGGAUUUAUACAAUCUGUGGUCCAGUUGUCAGUGCCCUCCAAACUCAACCUGCUCCCCGGCCAGAUCCAGAUGCUAAAAGAGGUGGUGAAUAGAGAAAAGGAAAGAGUUACGGCCCUCUCUCCACCCGUGGUCACACCUCCACCUGCCAACAGCUACAGCCUCUACAUUGACCUUGCAGGAGACAUGCCGAGUUGUUACUACCAGGUGUCCCGUAUGGAGGCAGAAAUGAUGUUGGAGAGAAACGCUAAGAAAGGAAACAUGCUGCUGAGGCCCGGCAGGGACGGAAACUCUUUCGCUGUCACUACUCGGCAACACCUUAACGGAACCAACCAUCAGCAGGGGAGUUAUUUAAUCUGGUCUGUGUUCAGACACUACCGUGUGACUCGUAAACAUGGCGGGGGUUUUGCCAUCGACCUGGAGCAUCCUAUCCCCUGCACCACGCUGAACAAUGUGAUCGACCUUCUGGUGAAGACAACUGGCGGAGCUCUGGUACCAUUUGUCAUGGAGGGGCCCUACGAGGAAAGCAUCACGUUUGUUCAGUCAGAUGAAGAGAAUGGAGAGAAGAGGGUUCAGUGUGCCAUGUUGAACCCAGUCUCUCCCCCGAGUGUACCUCCCAAAACAGUUCAGAGAGAAUGUAAACCAGUCCCUGAGCCAGAGUCUAAGACUGGGGAGAAUCUUUAUCUGAACGAUAGCCGACAGGAGAGAGACGUGGAAGAUUUGCCCCCGCCCCCACAUUCCCGUUUUGAACCCAAUUAUUCAUCAGUGCCCUUUGAUCAUGAUUCUGUCUUCAUUACUGUGGAAUUAGCUGCUAUCUAA